UGUGCAGCAGCGGAGAUGGCGAGCGCAGCGGGAAAGCAGACCUCGAAAAGCUCGUCGAAGCCGGGCUCCUCCGGGGGCUCGGGCGGCGGCGGUGGCAGCGGGGGAGCCGCGAAUAGCCUGUCGGGUUCCGGCGCUGCGGUGUCGCUCAGCGGCUCCCUCAACAAGAAGAAGAAGCCGUUCCUGGGCAUGCCGGCGCCGCUCGGCUACGUGCCGGGCCUCGGCAGAGGGGCCACAGGUUUCACAACGCGAUCCGAUAUCGGUCCUGCUCGGGAUGCCAAUGACCCUGUUGAUGACCGACACGCCCCCCCGGGGAAGAGGACCGUUGGAGACCAGAUGAAGAAGAACCAAGCGGACGAUGAUGACGAGGAUCUCAACGACACCAACUAUGACGAGUUCAAUGGCUACGCGGGCAGUCUGUUCUCUAGUGGGCCGUACGAGAAGGAUGACGAGGAGGCCGAUGCCAUUUAUGCUGCCCUGGACAAAAGGAUGGAUGAACGCAGGAAAGAGAGAAGGGAGCAGAGGGAGAAGGAGGAGAUUGAGAAGUACCGUAUGGAGAGACCCAAGAUUCAGCAGCAGUUUUCGGACCUUAAGAGGAAGCUGGCUGAGGUCACCGAGGAGGAGUGGCUCAGCAUUCCCGAGGUCGGAGAUGCCCGCAACAAGCGCCAGAGGAACCCGCGCUAUGAGAAGCUCACUCCUGUUCCCGACAGCUUCUUUGCCAAGCACCUGCAGAGUGGCGACAACCAUACCACUGUGGACCCCCGGCAAGGGCAAUUCGGGGGCCUGAACACCCCAUUCCCUGGCGGUCUCAACACUCCCUACCCUGGGGGCAUGACCCCUGGCCUGAUGACCCCAGGAACGGGGGAGCUGGACAUGAGAAAAAUUGGUCAGGCAAGGAACACACUGAUGGACAUGAGGCUGAGCCAGGUGUCUGACUCGGUCAGUGGGCAGACAGUGGUGGACCCCAAGGGCUACCUGACAGACCUCAACUCAAUGAUUCCCACGCACGGUGGGGACAUCAGCGAUAUCAAGAAGGCACGCCUACUGCUGAAGUCUGUGCGGGAAACAAACCCUCACCACCCCCCAGCCUGGAUCGCAUCGGCUCGCCUGGAAGAGGUAACGGGCAAACUGCAGGUGGCCAGGAACCUCAUCAUGAAGGGGACUGAGAUGUGUCCCAAGAGCGAGGAUGUCUGGCUAGAGGCCGCCAGGCUUCAGCCUGGGGACACAGCCAAAGCAGUGGUAGCCCAAGCAGUCCGACACCUCCCACAGUCCGUCCGCAUCUACAUCAGGGCGGCUGAGCUGGAGACGGAUGUCCGUGCCAAGAAGCGCGUCCUCAGGAAAGCUCUAGAGAAUGUGUCCAAGUCAGUACGUCUGUGGAAGACAGCCGUGGAGCUGGAGGAACCUGAGGAUGCCAGGAUCAUGCUGAGCAGAGCUGUGGAGUGCUGUCCGACCAGCGUGGAGCUAUGGCUGGCCCUGGCCAGGCUGGAGACGUACGAGAAUGCCAGGCGAGUUCUCAACAAGGCCCGCGAGAACAUCCCCACCGAUCGGCACAUUUGGAUCACAGCUGCAAAGCUGGAGGAAGCCAACGGCAACACGCAGAUGGUGGAGAAGAUCAUUGACAGAGCCAUCACAUCGCUGCGUGCUAACGGAGUGGAGAUCAAUCGUGAGCAGUGGAUCCAGGAUGCGGAAGAAUGCGAUAAAGCUGGCAGCGUGGCCACCUGCCAAGCGGUGAUCCGGGCGGUCAUUGGCAUUGGGAUAGAGGAGGAAGACUGCAAACACACAUGGAUGGAGGAUGCGGAGAGUUGCGUGGCUCACGGAGCCCUGGAGUGUGCGCGCGCCAUCUACGCACACGCCCUGCAGCAGUUCCCCAGCAAGAAGAGCGUGUGGCUAAGGGCUGCCUACUUCGAAAAGAACCACGGCACCCGGGAGUCCCUGGAGGCCCUCCUGCAGAGAGCCGUGGCUCACUGUCCCAAGGCGGAGGUGCUGUGGCUGAUGGGGGCCAAGUCCAAGUGGCUGGCUGGAGAUGUGCCCGCGGCCCGUAGCAUCCUAGCGCUAGCUUUCCAGGCAAACCCAAACAGUGAGGAGAUCUGGCUGGCAGCCGUGAAGCUUGAGUCUGAGAACAAUGAAUAUGAACGUGCUCGUCGACUGCUGGCCAAGGCCCGGAGCAGUGCGCCCACUGCCAGGGUGUUCAUGAAGUCCGUGAAGCUGGAGUGGGUGCUGGGGAACAUUGAUGCGGCUCAGGAACUCUGUACUGAGGCGUUGAAGCACUAUGAGGACUUCCCCAAGCUGUGGAUGAUGCGUGGUCAGAUCGAGGAGCAGUCCGGUAGCACGGACAAGGCUCGUGAGGCCUACAACCAGGGGCUGAAGAAGUGUCCCCAGUCUAUACCGCUGUGGCUGCUGUUGUCGCGCCUCGAAGAGAAAGCAGGUCAGUUGACUCGUGCCCGUGCCAUCCUGGAGAAGUCACGCCUGAAGAACCCACAGAACCCCGAACUCUGGCUGGAGUCUGUGAGGCUUGAGUAUCGAGCUGGGCUGAAGAACAUCGCAAAUACGCUGAUGGCCAAGGCCCUGCAGGAGUGUCCCAACUCAGGCAUCCUGUGGGCUGAGGCCGUGUUUCUGGAAGCCAGACCGCAGCGGAAGACCAAGAGUGUGGAUGCCUUGAAGAAGUGUGAACAUGACCCCCACGUCCUUCUGGCUGUGGCCAAGCUCUUCUGGAGCGAACGCAAGAUAACAAAGGCCAGGGAGUGGUUCCUGCGCACAGUGAAGAUAGAGCCCGACCUCGGGGACGCCUGGGCCUUUUUCUACAAGUUUGAGCUGCAGCACGGGACCGAGGAGCAACAGGAAGAGGUGCACAGGCGCUGUGAGAAUGCGGAGCCUCGGCACGGUGAGCUCUGGUGUGCUGAGUCCAAGCACGUCCUCAACUGGCAGAAGAAGAUUGGCGAGAUCCUCGUGUUGGUAGCCGCAAAGAUCAAGAACACUUUCUGAGGCACCGCCCUCAUGACAGUGAUCUCCAUUCCCAUUGGACUCCUGGUGUGACAUCUUACUUCUCAUUGGCCGCUGAUUUCCUCCAUUAAAAACCUGGUCCUCCCACUCCAGUCCCACUGUACAAUGUGCCCCCCAGCAGGGGUCCCAGUCGAACAGUUCUGGAUAUUUUAACAGAAGUAUUUGGUGAAAGAAGAGGGUUAUUGGUACCACAAAUGUCUGGUGUUUUGUUUAGAAAAAGGCCUGAGAUCCAAUUGUAAUGGAGGAGCCAUUGACGUGCAUGCGCGCACACACCUUGAUUUGUUCGGUGAUUUUUCUUUAAAUAUUGAAUUCAAGCUUUUUUCUCUCCGAUUUUCACCAGUUGACCAUAGUGUAUAUUUUUUUUGUAUGUGUACUUGACGUUUUAGUGAUGAAACCACGGUAUAAAUCUCUUGGAUGGAUCCAGACUCUUUCAGCUGUGUAAAUAUGAGUUUGUUUUAAACUUUUUUUCCUCGUGUUCCUCACAGCAGAGAGUGAAUAUCCCUUACGUUGUGUCUGAGUUCAGGUGAUGGGUGUAAGGAUCAUGGAGGUGCCGCUCUGUGUCUGCCCCUCAUUCUGUGCUGUCUCAACAGCUCACUGUCCCCUUUCUGUACUUUCUGCAGUAGCAGUAGCUCCUCAGUUUGUGGAUAAGUGGCAAAAAUAAACUUUAUG